CUGAAGCAUUUCCUGGGAGCAGUCUGACUACGUCCCACUGGGAGGGUUUUCUGGGUUGCAGGACAGCCUGCAGAGGGAUCCUGCAGCAGGAGAGGGAGGAUUCAGGAGCACCAUCCAUAGUUGCCUCUGGCAGGACGAGGGCUCCCAGGCAAGGUCAUGGCCCUCCCGUGGCUCCUCUGGAUGUGGCUGCUGCUCACGGGGACGCAAGGUGUGGAAGAUGGUGACAUGCGGCUGGCCAACGGGGACACCGCCUAUGAGGGCCGUGUGGAGAUCUUCUACAGAGGCCAGUGGGGGACAGUGUGUGACAACCUGUGGGACCUGAUGGAUGCCAGAGUUGUCUGCCGGGCCCUGGGCUUUGAGAAUGCCACCAAAGCUCUCGGUAGAGCUGCCUUUGGGCCAGGAACGGGCCCUGUCAUGUUGGAUGAGGUGCAGUGCACAGGGACAGAGCCCUCACUGGCCGACUGCGCAUCGCUGGGCUGGCUGAAGAGCAACUGCGGGCACGAGAGGGAUGCUGGCGUGGUCUGCAGCAACGUAACCAGAGGCGUCUACACCCUUGACCUGUCCAGCGAGCUCGCCGUGGCUCUCGAGCAGAUCUUUGAUAGCCAGAGGGGCUGUGACCUGUCCAUCAGGGUGAAGGUGAAGGAGGAGGAAGACCUGGGCCUCUGCGCCCACACGCUGAUCCUGUCCACCAACCCUGAGGCCCAGGCCCUGUGGAAGGAGCCGGACAGCACCGUCACCAUGGAGCUGGACGCCGAGUGUGUGCCCGUCGUCAGAGACUUCAUCAGGUACUUCUACUCCCGCAGGAUCGACAUCUCGCUGUCGUCCGUGAAGUGCUUCCACAAGCUCGCCUCUGCCUACGGGGCCGAGCAGCUGCAGAGUUACUGCGGGCGCCUCUUCGCCGUCCUCCUGCCCGAGGACCCCUCUUUCCAGAUGCCCCUGGACCUACACGCCUAUGCACUGGCCACCCAGGACCCCGUGCUGGAGGAGGUCUGCGUGCAGUUCCUGGCCUGGAACUUCGAGGCCCUGACGCAGGCCGAGGCCUGGCCGAGCGUCCCCGUGGGCCUGCUCCAAGUGCUGCUCUCCAGGAGUGAGCUGGCCGUGCCCAGCGAGCUGGCCCUGCUGACGGCCGUGGACGUCUGGAGCCGGGAGCAGCGCGCCUCCCACGGGGAGGUGGAAGACCUGGUGGAAAAGGUCCGGUUCCCCAUGAUGCUGCCCCAGGACCUCUUCGAGCUGCAGUUCAAUCUGUCCCUCUACUGGGGUCAUGAAGCGCUCUUCCAGAAGAAGAUUCUACAGGCUCUGGAGUUCCACACCGUGCCCUUCCGGCUGCUGGCUCGGUACAGAGACCUGAAUCUCACCCAGGACGCCUACAAGCCCCGGCUUUACACCUCGCCCACCUGGAGCGCCUCUGUAACGGCCGCUUCCCAAGCCUUCUCCCACUAUGGGUACAACACCUACCGCUAUGGGUACAACGCCUACCAGUCCUUCCAGACCCAGCAGCACCCCAGCUUCCUCUUCCUGGACAAGUUCGUCUCCUGGUCUCCCGUCUACCUGCCCACCGUCCAGAGCUGCUGGAACUACAGGUUCUCCUGCUCGUCUGACGAGCCCCCCAUCCUGGGCCUCUCCAAGUCCGGCUACUUGGAUCCCACCAUCGGCUAUGAAAACAAAGCGCUGAUGCUCUGUGGGGGGCGCUUCGUGGCCCACGUCGCUGAUUUCAAGGGCUCGAAGGCGGUGAUCCCCAGCGCUCUGGGCACCAACAGUUCCAGGAGCGCCUCUCUCUUCCCCUGCCAGGCAGGGUCCUUCAGUGGCUUCCAGGUGGUCAUCCGCCCCUUCUACCUGACCAACUCCUCGGCCGAGGACUAGACGGGAGGCUGGGUGAGCCGAGGGGGCGAGGGACGGGAGCACAGAGAAGCGAGGCGCCUCCCAGGAUGCCCCCCGCCCCCAGCUGAGCCUCUCUCAUCCUUCCUUCCUCUGCAUGCACCUCCAGCAGCUGCCACCAGAUGUCCCCUCUGCUUCCACUGAGUGCUCUGAGCUUGGAGAAAUUACUGGAAGGUUUCACCUAGUGCUCACCAGGGUGGUGAGAAUUCCUGUUCUCCCACUGCCUGGCCGGUUUGUCGGGAAGCAACAGGUAGAGCAUGACACUGUGAGAUUGUCCACACUGCCUGUCUCUGUCUCAGUCCUCUGUUGUCCUUUGUCUGAGAUCAUUAAAAUUGCAUCGUGGU